AUGCACCUGCUGUUCCUUUACACCAACAACAAAAUCCAAUUAAGUGUGGCUCCAGUUUUCCUCACGGACGACGGGAUCUGGAUGAAAACGGAUGACGGGGGAAGCCCUACGGAGGGCGGGGCCGCCAGCUCUGAGCGGGUCGUUGCCGUCAGGGGGCGGAGCCUACAGAAGUCGGGCCCUGAUUGGGCGGGGCCGCCAGCCCGGAGCGGGUCGACGCCGUCAGGGGGCGGAGCCUACAGAGACCGGGCCCUGAUUGGUCCGACACCGCCGUGGGGGCGGAGCCUACGGAGGGCGGACCUGAUUGGUCGGGGGCCGUCCGGGGGCGGCUCCCGAUUGGUCCGGUCCCGUCUGGGGGCGGAGCCUCCGGAGGGCGGGGCCGCCAGCUCUGAGCGGGUCGGCGCCGUCAGGGGGCGGAGCCUACGGCAGCCGGGCCCCGAUUGUCCGGGGGCGGAGCCUCCGGAGGGCGGGGCCGCCAACUCUGAGCGGGUCGGUGCCGUCAGGGGGCGGAGCCUACGGCAGCCGGGCCCCGAUUGGUCCGCCACCGCCCGUUUGGGGGCGGAGCCUGAGGAGGGCGGGGCCGACAGCUCUGAGCGGGUCGGCGCCGUCAGGGGGCGGAGCCUACGGGAGCCGGGCCCCGAUUGGUCCGCCACCGCCGUGGGGGCGGAGCCUCCGGAGGGCGGCUCCCGAUUGGUCGGGGGCCGUCCGGGGGCGGCUCCGGAUUGGUCCUGUCCAGUCCGGGGGCGGAGCCUCCGGAGGGCGGGGCCCCCAGCUCUGAGCGGGUCGGCGCCGUCAGGGGGCGGAGCCUACGGCAGCCGGGCCCCGAUUGGUCCGCGACCGCCGUGGGGGCGGAACCUACGGAGGGAGGACCCUGAUUGGUCGGGGGCCGGUCCUGAUUGGUCCGGCAGCGUUUGGGGGCGGAGCCUGAGGAGGGCGGGGCCGCCAGCUCUGAGCGGGUCGGCGCCGUCAGGGGGCGGAGCCUACGGCAGCCGGGCCCCGAUUGGUCCGCCACCGCCGUGGGGGCGGAGCCUCCUGGGGGCGGCUCCCGAUUGGUCGGGGGCCGUCCGGGGGCGGCUCCGGAUUGGCCCUGCCCCGUCCGGGGGCGGGGCCCGCGGUGGGACCACCGGAGGAGGAGGAGGAGGAAGAGGAGGCGGUCGGGAGAGCUUAUUUUUGGAAGCUUUGGAUCGAUCGCAGUCCAAAAGAGAUGGAGGUUUUAAAACCAACUGGAGCUUCGAUAAUGCCGAAGAAAGUGAAGGAGAUACGGAAAAAGAUGAGCCAAAUCUGCUCAGUGAGGAUGAGAACGAUGGACCUGAAACUUCAGAAGGAAAGAGGCCUCAACGCUAUCGAUUAGAUGCCGUGGGUACCAGCGCCGGUGACUCCUUUAAGACGUACGCCCGGCGGAGCAAAAUCGGACCUUUCCGAACUCUGAAAGGAAAUUCGCUAGGACUCAACAUGUUGAACAGCAAGAAAUUGAGUGAAAAUUCACAGAACGUGUCUCUGAGUUCGGGGACGGUACUCCACGGCCGACGUUUUCACCACGCCAAUGCACAGAUACCCGUCAUGAAAACAGCAGCCCAAAGCAGUCUGGAUCAAAAGGAAAGGAAGGAAUACCCUGCUCACGUUCAGAAGAUCGAAAUCGAUCGUAUUCGAUUACCUCGGCCCCCGAGUGUGGAUAGCCUAAUGGAGAAAACAGACGGAUCGGGAUCAGAGUCGGAGCCCGAAGUCAAGAGGAAGGGUUCUGAAAAAAACGAAUGCUGUCCACAGUGCGGGAAAGAGGAUGAAACUCAGACCAAAUGCCAAAGCUGCGGAAGUGCUUACCUUAAGGAUUUCCAAAGACACUGUAGACACAGUGUGGCCUUAAAUGAAUCUGGGGGACCUUUGUCACGAUCGUCAAUUCAUCCCAGUUCGGGAGGAGAAAAGUCGCCGAACACCGGCUUGAACGCCAAGAAGUUUUACGGCUCUACUUUUGGGAAGGUGGAUGUUCUCCUGAAUCGUGGCGAUAUCGGGCAAAACUUUGUAAAGGCGAACGGAAAAGUCCUUUUAUCUGGAUCCAAAAUCCCCAAAAUGACAAAUCUUAGACCAAGAAAUACAAGGCCGUCUGAUCUAAACGAUCCAAUCGUUUUAUCCAGCGACGACGAGGAGGACGACGACAGCGGGAGUUCUCACCUGAGGGAGAGCAUUUCCCCUCGGCCGGCGGAUUUAGCGCACUCUUCCCCGGUUCCCUCCACUGGGAAGGUGGAAGCGGCCUUCAAGGAAAAUAACUGCGGGAUCGAGCAGAGGCUGGGAAGCAGUGCCGCGGACGCCGAACUUCCCGUCACGAUACCGAGGAAAGCAAGAAUGAAAGACCAGUUUGGAAACGCGGUGUCGAACACUCCCGUGAAGCGGCGCAAAGUGACGGCCCAAGAGACGGACGCGGUAUCUCUAAACUGCCCCAGCUCCUACGAGAGCGUCAUUCUCAACUGUCGGAGUAUAAGGAUAGGAACCCUGCGCAGAAUGGUGGUGGAACCGGUGAUUUUUUGUUUAGAUUACAUCAAGAUCCGCCUGGAAGAGUCCGAAAGCGACACCCGGGAGAUUAAUUUAAGAACCUCGGAACUGACCAAGUGCGAGUGGUGCAGCGUGCGGAAGUUACCCGUGGUGUUCCUGCAGACGGUGCCGGCUGCCUGUCACAGCCUGAGGAUUCAGCUGAAGAUGAGUAAAGAGAAGGACAGCGUUUGGUACGACUGUAAAGGAGCAAACCCAGAAGAACAGUACAUCAUUCUGAUCUUCGAAACCGGCCUCGACACUCAGGCGAACAUGGUUUUCGAAAACAUCAUCACCGACAUCGGCGUCAGAAACAACGUUUCCGAUUUCUUUGUGAAAAUCCCCUUUGAGGAAGCCAAUGGCAGACUCGUUGCUUUCACGAAGACCUUUGAAGAAGUCGCCAAAGGAAAUUCUGCACAAAAGGAAAACAAAAUCAAAAACGUUGCAUUUGAGUCCAAAGUGCAGUUACGGAGUACGGCGCCCCAGUUUCAGUUUUUUGAUGAUGAGGACGAAAUCGGAGAGCCCCACAAUGUGUUUAUUGGGCCUGUCGAAAAAUUGAUAGUAUACCCACCACCUCCAGCUAAAGGAGGCAUCUCUGUGACUAAUGAAGAUCUCCAUUGUCUAAAUGAAGGAGAAUUUUUAAAUGAUGUUAUUAUAGAUUUUUAUUUAAAGUAUUUAGUGCUUGAAAAGCUGAAGAAAGAAGAUGCUGACCGGAUUCAUAUAUUCAGCUCCUUUUUUUAUAAACGCCUUAAUCAGAAGGAGAGGAGAAAUGUUCACGAAACUCCAAGUCUCUCAAUUCAGCAGAAGCGACAUGGACGAGUGAAAACCUGGACUCGCCAUGUGGAUAUUUUCGAGAAGGAUUUUAUUUUCGUUCCCCUCAACGAAGCCGCCCACUGGUUUUUGGCCGUGGUUUGCUUUCCCGGAUUGGACAAACCUAAAUACGAACCCAAUCCUCAGUAUCGUGAAAAUCCGUCUCCCCAGUUGAAAGGCUUUCCGGCGGACAGCUGCGCUCCGUCUCCUGUGGGGAAUGACAUGGACGGUUGUCCACCCGGCUCCCCCGUCAAGCCCGUGCUGAGGAAAACGCUCGGUCGAAAACUCGCUUCGGCUCUAAUGAACUCAGGUGCCGGAACGGAGGAGAACGAGUCACCCGGCCGCGGCGGUCCGGGGAAUGGGAAAAGCAGCUCGAGAAGAGUAAAUCGGACUGACGGUGAAAGCGAAGAACUUAAAAAAAUAGAAUCCCCUUGUCCCAAAGGUGAUAAUAGGACUAAAGACGAAAAUGGUAGGCCGAGUGAAUAUUCGUCACCAUUACAACGUGCCGAUGGGUUAAACAAAAUCAGACUAAGCUAUAGCGACGAACUAACUGACAGUGGUAAAUCUCUUGAAGAUGAGCUGAUUGACUUUUCGGAAGAUCGGGAUAACCAGGAAGAUAGCAGCGACGAUGGAGGCCUCACUGAGGAGAAUUGCGGUUCGGAAUUAGGCCAGUGGCACCUGAAGCCAACAAUCUGUAAACAACCGUGCAUCCUGCUGAUGGACUCGCUGAGGGGGCCGUCUCGGUCAAACAUCGUCAAAAUCCUGAGAGAGUACCUGGAAGUGGAGUGGGAAGUCCGAAAAGGGAGUAAGAGGAGCUUUUCCAAAGAUGUCAUGAAAGGCUUGAGUCCCAAAGUGCCCCAGCAGAAUAACUUCAGCGACUGCGGAGUGUACAUACUGCAGUACGUGGAAAGCUUUUUCGAGAACCCAAUCCUCAAUUUCGAGCUGCCUAUGAACCUCACGGACUGGUUCCCCCGCCCGCGAAUGAAAACCAAGCGAGAGGAAAUACGGAACAUAAUCCUCCGGCUGCAGGAAGGUCAGAACAGAGGGAAGAAGGGACCGAAAGACGCGAAAGCGGGCGAAGCCACCCUCCAGGACCGGUCGGAGCAGGGCGUCCACAGCAGCUCGGACUGACGCGCGGCCGUGGCGGCCGACGCGCUGCCUUCCCCUUCCCCGGAGGAGCGUCGAGGACUGAAACGCUCGCGGUUCGGUGCGGUCGGGGAACGUUAAUUCCCGUAUAAAUGUGUCACGUUUGUAAGCCCCCGGAGAGUAAGUAUUAAGGAAAAGACUUGUACAUAUGUUAAUGAGGCCAAUUUUUUUCCGACAUUUGUAAUGCUUUUCGUUUUCACUGGUUAGAAAGCUUUUGUUAUGUAUUUUCUGUUAAUAGUACCGAGAACAGCAACUCCGAAACGUCAAACAAAUAAAAAGAAAAUAUUUAUGGGA